CGUUUCUUCUCGUCGGUCUUGCCAGCGCCCUCUCACCACUUCUCGACUUCUCAUUGCAAGGGACGUGCGGCUGCUCUCGGGCCUGAAGAGAGUGUGAGAGAGAUAGGGCCAGGAAGAGCCGUUGCAGCACCCUCCCACCAUGGCGGCCAGCUUCGCUCCCGCUCGGUUCGAGAAGCUGCACCGGCUGCUGACAGACACGGUCGCCAACCCGUCACGAGCGGCCAACUCCAACGACUGGUACAUAGCUCUCGAUCGCGCCCGGGCAGACCUGGCCGACUUGGCAAGAGCAAAGCCACCGAGCGAUGCCGAAAGAAAAGAGAUUCAAGACGGCAAAGUGUCAAUCGAUGGCGUGACACACUCGCUCAACGUCGACUUUGCACAGUCGUCGCUGCUCCUUGCGCAGCAGCUUGGCGUCUCGGAGCGCUAUGCCGCCUCUCUGCUCCAGGCUGGUUUCGCCGGCCGAGCUCGCUGGGGCCGCCCCGCGCCCGAGGUGGCCUGCAUCCUCUACCACCGAGAGCGGCUCGCGGCCAUCGACUGCCUCCGCGUGCUCGUCAGUGCCGCUGCAACUCUGCCUCGUGAAAAUGACGCCGCGUCCCGCAAGCUGGGCGCAAAGAUGAGGCAGCUUCUCGACGCUCUCCUCGGUCUCUCAAUCGACGUGCAUGACAAGGGCAGCAAGCGCAAGGGCCACCUCGCCGAGCGGCUCCUCGCGGAGAUCGACGACGUCAAGGCAAAGAUGGCAGCGACACAGAUGUCAUUCAGAGGCGUGCAACAACAGCAGCAACAGCCGGGACCGAGUCUCGGAGACGAGAUUCAGAUCCGGCGCAUCGAGAUGAUGCGGCAGGAGCGCCAGGGACUUGGCCACGUCCUCUACCUUCUGGCAUACUCGAGGAUGCUCGCGGCCCAGGGUCUGCUUGCCAUUGUGCGGUGGCUCAGCAACGUCAAGGAUGAGCAGCAGCAGCAAGAUGCCAUCACCAUCUACGUCCUCACCGCUCUCCUUGGCGCGCUCGAGGUUGACGAGGACGUUGGCGCCAGCUUCGAUGGAGUGGCGCAUCUCGACUACGCAGAGGACCGCAGUCUGAUGAAGCAGCUCCAUGCCGAGCUGACGGGCAAGCAGUGGGCGAUUCCGCAGUUGCAAAACGUCGUCAUUCUGCAGUGGGCCUUGUUCCUCGUCGAAGCGACAAAGCAGAACCCAGGCCUGGCCAGCGAGCUGCGCAUCCAUGAAGACAGCAUUCAGAAGCUCGUCCUCGACGCCAUUGCUGGCUCGCCAACGACAAAGGGCGAUGCCUUCUACUAUCUCGUUCUCCGGGUGCUCGCCUUCCGGACGCGGGAGAUUGAAGCACUGGAGGGCGAGGAGAACGACGUGGGAGACAGCGAGCCUGUGGCGCAGAUGGGAUCAGCCGACACGACUGGCGAUGAGGAGAUCGACAAGGAGUUCCAAGAGUACGUCCUGCUACAGGUCCAAAACCUCGUGCUGCGCAUCACCUCGAUCAUGCUCCCCUUCCUUCGACGACUUCAACGAUCCGAGGAGGACGCAGCGUUUGCAGCGAGCCGAGGUGUUGAGGCUUCACGGGCCGGUUCGGAGGUGACCAAUCGGCGGUACGACAUUGAGGCUCUUUUCGAUACGGUCACUACGCUCUGCAAGAGAAGACCUGAAUCAGGCCUUCCCUUCUGGCUCGGUCCCGAAGGAAAGGGCACUCGCUUCCUCAGCUGGGCGGUCGAUGUGCGAGAGACGGGGCACCAACGCGCUCUCCUCGAGAUGCUUGCGGCUUUGAGCGCCGGUGUCCAGAGCGCCUGGCACGCCCACACACUCCUGUCUUCAGGCGAUGGUACUCACGAUAACGUCUCGGACGGCCGACUGGCCUCGUGGAGCCGCCUCUUUGACUGGGUCCAGCACUAUGUUGACGUCUUCCGGUCGCCAUCGUCGGGAAUGACACACAUGGGCAGAGUCGAACCGCCGUCGAUGCCGUCGAAUGAUGCGUACCUGCUCAGAGCAUACUUCCGCCUGCUCCGCAACGUCGCACUCUACAGCGUCGCUGCACGCGAGGCUCUGUACCAGCACUCAAAGUACCAAAUCAUCCCGCGCCUCUUCGCCCUGUAUACAUGCCCUAUCGACAUUGAGCUCAAGGCAUCCAUCCUGGACGCUCUGGCUGCCUUUGCUCAUCCUACAGGUUCCAAUGCGGCCAAGAUUGCAGCCCAGCUCUGGACCAUGCUUGAGAGCUCGCAGGCCCUUGGGGCGAGCAGCAGCAGCAGCAGCAGCAGCAGCCAGGACAGGAGCUUGACGCCAAGAAUGUCGGUCGGGCCUGGAGGCUCCUCUUUCUUUGGUGGCGGUGGAUCACGACUGUCGACAGGAGCGCACCACGACCUCGAGACGAUUGAAACAGCGGCACGCAUGUACCCUGUGACGACGAGUUUCGUCAACUUCCUCAAGUCUCUCACCCACGUUCCGGCUCGAGCACAGGACCCGAUCAAAGUCAUGACGGGUAGCGAUGGAGCGAUGACACCGUCUUCGGGCCCACCGUUCCAGGGUCUCGUCUUGAACCUCGGACAGGGCCAACGCACGCCGGGUCUCGAGCCCUAUGUGUCUUUUGUGGUCGACACUGUCCUCCUUCAGGCCGGCGCGAGGGAGUACUCGAAUCCGGCCGAGCGAUGGCAGGUGACUGCGACAUGCUUGGACUUCGUCGAGAGGUGCUUAGUCUCGUACGACCUCUCGGCACUCCUCUCUGAUCAGGGCGCCCCCGAUGCGGCCACACUCGCGAGCCUCGUCCUCCAUCCCGGCUUCAGCAUUAUGAAGCGGAUCUUGACGGGCACCAAGCUCUUCCAUGAAGUCCUGGCCGUCCUCGAUGUCAAUGGGUCGGGGAGUGCGGGCUUUGAAGUCAUUAACAACAACCAGGCCAAGACGCUCUUCUUCGCCAGCUCCGUCCGCCAUGCGAUGCGCAUCGUCCAGAGGGUCCUGCGCAUUCAAGACGUGUUCUUGCAGGUGCUGCUGCCGACCCUUGCUGAAGCCGCUGCACCAGGGUCAGGCGUCCAGUUUGCCGCCGUCGAUGUCGCUGGCAAGGUUGGCCACUUGGGAUCAUACGACACUCUUGACAACCGGCUGCUGCACGCCUACCAGACAGUGGUGCAGAUUGCCCUCUACAUCAAUUGCGAUCGCGACGAUAUUGCGCUUCUCUCGGUGCGCAUCUUGGGCCUCAUCGCCAAGAGCCCGGCGUUCAGCAGCGUCGACCGAUUUGGAGAGAUGGGCUAUCACCGCAAGAUGAACAGGCUUGUGGGCCUCCUCGAAAUGAGCGACGAGGCUGACCGUGUCCGGGCUGGUUGCGUUGACCGUCUGGAAGCGGAAUCAGGAGGCGACGUCGAUUCGCAUGUCAAGGCGACGCAGGCGCUCUUGCAGAUUGCAGGCGAGACCGACGAGGAAGGUGCUUCGGGCCCGGCCAGCGACGAGCUCGAAGGUCUCAUUGCACCGACGACCGAGGCCAGUGAAGCAAUCAGGCUGGCGAUUCUUGACCUGCUCUUGGCCAACACGGCUUCCAACGUCGCUGCUCCCAAUGUUGCUCAUCUCAUCCUCGGCUUUGACCUGCGCGCAGUUCGUCCGGAAGAGCAGGUCAUACCCGACCCAGACUCUACAGACACCGCUCCUGGCGCUCUGCACGACAUUCUAUCCCUUAUGCGACCAGAGACGGACGACUCGUCGCUGAGCCUGGCCGAGAGAGCGCCAGCUUUCGCAGAAAAGUGCCAUGCCCUCGUUGCGCGCCUUUGCACGCAUCCCUUCACGAGCUCAGCCACGCUGCGAUACCUGCGGACCAAGGAGAACUUCUUUGUGGCGCAGCUGCGGUCGCUGUCGUACUAUCCCAUCGAGCGCACAAUGGGCGAGGGUGCCCUUGGUAAUGUCACCUACGCCGAUGGUGGCCAUAUCUCUACCACUGUCGAUGCACUCGUCGCUUCGCUCAAGAUCAGAGCUCAUCUGCUUGGUGGAGCGGCACUGGAACUGCACACGCUUCUCAACAAUGGCAUGCAGGCACAAGCUGCCAGGCUCAUUGCGACUCUGCACGGUGCCGGCGUCGUCGAGAACACCGGGGACACUUACGACGACGAAGAUGAGGAAGAAGAUGUCAAGCCGUCACAGAUGGGCACCGCUGGAGGAAGCAACAUUGAGCAGCGACCAAGCCGGAUGCUGGAGCUGCUCGCAAGCUUCGACUUUGAGUGGCAUGACGAGCGGGAGAACCAGGGCGAGAGUUUCGCCUUGUUGGCCAACCUCAACUUCUCCCAAGCAAGACGGCCGGAUGCCGAUGUGGGACCGAGAGAGUACGACAUCCAUGCUACAUUGGAGCUCCUUGCGGCAGCUCGAAGGGAGCUCGAGCGGAGAGGCCAGCUCGUUGAUGCGCGACAGAAGGCGCUGUUCGAACAGGACGCCACCUUGGUGCUGCAGCGCGUGUGCGCACGCAACGCUGUCCGAGGAAUCGCUUUCGCAAGACGGGGCGCCAUGACAGCCUGGUGCCAUGCACUGGACAUGGUCUUCACUCGGGCCGACUAUCUCCUCCGACCUGAUGCGCGGGCGCACAUCAUCUUUGAUUGCCUCGGUGCUCUCCUGCCCAGGCUCUCGGGUCCUACCCCUGAGAGUGACCCGGCCCUGUCAGACCUGGUUGCGGGGGCUGUCCUGGCGCUCCUCACCAAGCUUCGUCACCACCGCAACAGCCUGGCAGCAGCCGCCAUUCUGGACCUUGACGACGUCGAUGACCUGCCCUUCGAUCGCCUGGUGUCGGUCCUUCGAGUCCUCAUCUCGGCGCUCAUCCGCCCGGGCACCUCUGUCCUUGCGCGCGGCAAUCUCUACUCGGCGUUGAUCAACUACCUCCAGCUCGUCAAGUCGCCGCCAAAGUCUUCUGACGAUGCUUUCGACGACGGCGCCACGAUGACUGCGUCCCUCGUCGAUGGCGACAUGGACGACUCGGCAUCCUUGGCGGGCUUCUCGACAAUCAGCAGAACAGGUGCCCGCUCGGGAACAUCUUCGGCCCUCGUUUCAAAGUCGAGGGCGCUACUCGCCUCUAGCCUUGAUCGUCUAGUCCCCAUCAUUGCUAGGGACGCGCUCGACGCUGCUGAUGUCUGGAGGACCGUGGCGUUUACGCUGCUGGACCGCCUGUGCGCACUAGAGUCGCCCUCGAGCGAGUCGACAAAGACCAGCAGGACAGUGGAGCUGCUGAGCAGGCAAGGGUUCCUCAAGAGCUUUGUGGCCAACAUUCGCGAGAUGGACCUGUCCCUUCAAGACGUGCUUCGACCAGACCCGACGAGCCUGAAUGCGCUCUACGUCUACGAGGCGCAGAUGGCUUUCUUCAACCGGCUCGCGCUCACUCGCGACGGCUCUGACCGGCUCGUUGAGGCUCGCAUCUUUGACAUUCUCACUCAGGCCGACUUCCUGGCCGCCAGACCCGAGGAUGACCAAGAGUUUGUCGAUCUCGAUAGCUUCUUGCCUGCAGCCGUGGAGCGAUACGAAGCGCUGCUGGGACCUGUCCUGCAACUCUCCGUGAGCAUCCUUUCGAGUGCCGCGGCGGUCUCUCGCCAGUCUGCCUUGUCAAAAUUCGUUCGCAACUCCUCUUCGCUCCACAGCGCUCCUCGUCAGGCCCUCUCCUUCCUCGAGGCGCAUCGAGGGACACUGUUGACGACUCUCAAGGCACCGAUCCAGGAUGCGACCACUCUUGCUGCGAUUGGCCAAUCGCAACUUAUCGUUGCGAUCCUCGUCUUUGUCCUGCCCUCGAUCGAUGACGACGCGCUGUCGCCGCCGAAUCCCUUGUCUAGCUUCCACGCCUCAACGCUGGCGCUUGCUGCCUCUUUCCUGUGCACGGCCAGCUGGAGGUCGAGGGUGCUCCCGCAUACCGAGUCAGAGGAGGAGGACGCCACGCGCGUACUUCUUGGUCCUGGUCAGGGCCAAGAUGGAGGGGCCGAUGCGGAGAGUGUCUUCGACCUGGAGGCAACGCGAACCGUCUCGAGGCUUGUUUCAACCAUGCUCAGCUACCUGGAGCAGGCCAGCGAGGCGCACGGGAGAUCGACAGGGAGCACAUCAUUCGACACGGCGGUGCCUCUAGUGCGGCCCUGCUUCACCUCGUCGCUCUUUGUUCCUGCUGGCAAGUCUUCGCUCUUUGCGGGGCCUGACGACCUCGGCGAGAGUGUAGGACUCGGCGCUUCGACGACUUCAGGAAGGUACGGCCUCGGAAGUGCACAUCACCGGUCGACGGCUGUGCCCAGCCUUGGAAUUGCUCUGGCCGCGCUCGAGGAACAGCUUACGAUGCUGAGCCGGACGCUGGUUUCCAUGGAGACGGCCCAGAGCAUGCUCAACAAUGCUGACAACGUUCGUCUGGACGAAUGGGACGAGAUUGUUCGCGAUGCCCUGGGCAACGACGACUUGCCAGACGAGCUCGGACCGGCCAAGAGACAGAGCCUCGCCCUGAGGGAGCUCAAGGCGAGAAAGCUCGCUCUCAAAUCGUCUGCCAUGACUGCGCUCGACGCAAUCGAGAUGAUGCUCGUCCUGCUUUACCGUCACUUCGAUUACUACCUCUCUCUGCCCUCUUCGGCUGUGCGCUCGGCAGCAUCAGCGGCCAACCUUGAUGCGGACGCCUCACGGUACAAGAGGGGCAUCUCAUCAUCGAUUCGAUCAGGUUCCGUCGGUCCACCACCUCCCUCGGUUGCACACGAGACGGCCCCACUCGUCAGAGAAGGCUCCAAGGCCAUCCAGAAGAUCCUGCAGCGACUUGAAGAGAUCAUCAUUUCGAUUCAAAGCUCCUCUACCAUGCUCCCCAAGACUGACGAACGGAGGGCAUUCCUAGAGAUGGCUGCGAGAAAACUCAACACGGCUUUCCUUGAACGGCAGCAGCAGCAGCAACAGCAACAACAAGAUAUGUAAUUUCCCCCUCUCGCUGACGCAAUGAGACACCUUGACUUUGCGAAGAGCUCUCUGCCGUCACGGUGCCUGUCUCAUGAGAGCGGUCGAAACGAGGUCAUGUGACUUAGUUAGCUGCGGCUCAAGCAACUAUUAUUUUGAAG